AUGCAAAUCUCAACAAUCAUCACUUUCGCUCUUGUUAUCUUGGCAGUCGUUUGUUAUUCGUCUGCCAAUCCAGCGCCCGAAGAAGAACUCAACAUCAUCGACCCUGCGACUCUUGAUGCACCAGAUCGUGUUCGUCGUGGAUGUGACUGUCGAACGACUACUGGUCGAUGUGUCGAUACAGGCAAAUAUCAAUGUUACUUUCGAUCGAGUGGAGCAAGUAUUGUUCAAUGUGUUGGUGGCAACCGAUGGGUAACGAUUGGCAACUGUCCAUCAUCAUGUCGAUCAUGGGGAAAUGAUCAACCAUACUGCAGUUAG